AGUCGUACGCGUGCUACCGCGAGCGGAUUACGUGUGUCGUGACAUAAAAUUCGAUCGGCAUCACAUGUAAGCGCAAUGGAUGUCCUGCCGAGCGGUAACCUAUUCCGCGAGUUGCAGGACGUGACCGACACUGGAUAUUUCGAGUGGAAGGUAUCCUUGGAGGACUACUGGCAACAGACAUGCUACGAAAUGGAGAUGUAUCUCCGAGAGGAGCCCCGAGGGAAGCGGCGGGAGCCGUCCAUUGAGGCCGAAGACCGGGCGAGAUCGUCUACUUCCUCCCUCCCCUCACCACCGUCGCCUCCAUCUCCACCGUCGCCGUCACCAAGGCUCUUCACGAUAACCACGGUCAAAAGUGAGCCACCAAGCGAUUCAGAUGAACCUAGAGAUGAACCCCCGAGCCCUGCGUUGGUUCGCCGCACGCACGUACCGAGACAUCACCCCCACUCCCACACACACGCGACGGACCCCCGACGCAGGGUUCAUAGAUGCGAGUUUCCUGCGUGUGACAAGGUCUACACGAAGAGCUCGCAUCUAAAAGCACAUAAAAGAACUCACACCGGUGAGAAGCCCUACAAGUGUUCAUGGGAGGGAUGCGAGUGGCGAUUCGCACGCUCCGACGAGUUAACGCGACACUAUCGGAAACACACGGGUGCGAAACCUUUCCGCUGCCGUCACUGCGAGCGUUGCUUUUCUCGCUCAGAUCACCUGGCACUACAUGCCAAGCGGCACGCGUAGCCAUUAAACCCACCGCCCGCUCCUAAACGGAAUCGCAAGCGGAACAAAAAGAAUUAGCGUUCCGUAAAAACGGGCGCGCGUCCGUUUUACAAGUGUGAUGCCUCCCUUUUGGGGGUGAUCAGUGCGGAAUUGAACUUUUCUGAGUUGGACGUGCGCCUUGGAUUGGGCGGUUAGCGCGCCAAGCGUUGCAAGCCAAAGAAUGCCGCUACACAUCGUAGCCGAGUCAACACUCAUGCACCUAAUGCUUUAAAGUUAUUUUUUUUUAAUAUUUUUAAUUUUUAUCAAAAGCGAUGUGUAUUGGAUUUUUUUUGAAUAAAAUCUCUUUGAUGUUUCGGCCCGGGCCUCUUUAUCGUUACGGUUCUUUGUUGCAAUAAGAGAACGAUUUAUAUUCGUUGUUUAUUAUGUAAUGUUUUGUAAGCUUUGUGUACAGAGAGCUUUUUUAAAGUCGUUCGGUCGCCAAGCGGCCUAGCGCCGAGAGUUGUGCCAUCGCUGGCGGGGAAUGGUGGGUGCUUCUGUUUGACCCCAGCGGGCAUAAUCCGUCCCCGCCGGUCUGCAUUUCAAAUCACGUGACAUAUUAUUUAUUGGUCCGCGAGAUGUUCGGCAAAUCAACCCACCGAACGCCGAGCACAACCUUUAAUUUUAAGUUUAGUAGGAUGUGCGUCGCGUUACCUGAUGUUCUAUCGAUGUUUCGAAUCAGUCGCUCGUUAAUAGAAUUCUUUUAAUUAUUUUAGAAAUAAUUAAUUUCAAACCGUAAUCACUAGAUUCACACAACAUCAAUAUUUACAACUUAUAUUAUUAAAAUAUAACUAUUAUUUUUUUCAUUUUAUUGUAAUAGAGCUAUAAGUCGGCUACUCCUGUUUCUAUGCUAUGACCGUCAGAAUUCCAUUGGAACUACCUAACCCAUCACUUCAGUGAUUUUACCUGUACAUCGGGUACACCUUCAUGAUACCCGCAAAGUUUACGACUUGCCUUUUCACUUAACUUACGACUUAAAAUAUCAGUGCGCUAUUUAUUCAUAAAAUCAUUCCGUCAUCCGCUACCAAAACAUCUCUAAUACGGGCAUUAUGAAUAAAACCGUGUGACUUUGCGUGAUUCACAUAUUUUCCCAGAGCGUCGAUCAAGGAGCUCAGCUCCUUAUUACCAUAUUUUGCCAGCAAUCGCGCAAACGAUUUAAGUGUUGUUUCGUUCCUCGGUCAGAUUAACAUCCGAAACAGACACAACAUUUUGUAUGAAAUAAAAACUUGAUAAAAUAAGCAGUCAGUUUCACUUAGUGUUUCUAAGGUAUUAUUGGCGUAAAUAAUUAGUAUCAAAAUUUAAAAAUAAUGUAAAAAUAGAGUUCGAAAUUUUAUUAAUGAAUAUAUCGUACUUUUUUUAUAAUACAUAAUUAAUGCCAAUAUUAAACGGCUAACUUGUGUAAAUGAAAUUAAAAUUGAAUUGAAUGGUACAUUUCCCAGAUGUAACUUUAUUCUUUGGAUUUGUCAGAUGCUUUGCAGAGGUCCAUUAAAUCAACGUAUAUUAUGUCUUCCUACCUAUCAAGUAUUAAUACUUGAUAGUAAGCUUAAGAGAAAUAAGAUUCCUUCGUUGGUAAGUUGACUAUUUCUAAUUCCAAACUCAGUAUCAAUUAGAAACACAGUGUCAUAAAAGUUUGUAAUUAUUAAUGUCACUGACAUCGAUCGUUUAUAAUGUAUCUACUAACACUACCUACGAAUUAAGAUCUCAUAAUAAGUUAAUUAAUUAUUGUUUUGUAGGUAUAUCUAAGUAAGUUACUGUUCUGUAAUGUUUAAAUAAAAAAUAUAUAUAUUUUUACAUUAUUUAGAACAACAAAAUUUGGAGAAAACACAGUGGAUAUUUUUUUGAGAUUAUUUAUCAUUAUGAAUAGUAACAAUGUGGUUAAAAGUUAAAGGUUGUUACCCGAAAUUUAAACAAAUGAGUGACUCUUUCGAAAUAUCGAAACGUUUAAUUUUAAUAUGUUUAUAGUUAAGUUUAUAUACUUUACAUAUACUUAUUUACAUUAUAUUUGUCUCUGACUUUUUCAUUCCCAGGCUUUAAUACUCACUGUGCGGCUUUUAAGAAUCAUUUGUUCAGAUACAGUUGGAAUUAUUUUGCCUGCACAGAUGAGUUUAUACUAUGUCAUUGUAUAAACCUUUGCGCGCUUCAGUAAAAGUUUCAAUAUUAUAUUAUUAUAGAAUAUUCUUUUUUCUCAAAAGCUCACAAAUUACUUCCAUUUUUAUAUAUAUGUCGCUGUUAAGUGCGCUUAGGUUAAAACUAAUUAACAAGUUGAUUCUGAGACACAGUCGCUUUUUAGUGAAUGGUUAAUAGUGAUAAUCGACUCGGAAUCGUCGGAUAUUGUGUUUAUAGUAAAACUAGUGUAAGUAAAGUGAAUUACCACCGCUUUUGUAUUGCAAAUUAUUGCUUGAUGUUAAAAAUAUUGAAAUGUUUUUCGAAUGAACCAACCUCAUCGUGGUGGUCCUGAAUGUUAUAUACUGUGUAAAUGCUUGAUGAUUUCUAAAUUUUAAUGUCAUUAUCUUUUUAAACUAUUGUUAAGUAACAUUAUUAGAUAAAUUAAUUUAUUACGUUUUGCCAAAAUUCCAACUCGUAUGACGAGAGAGAGAGAGAGAGAUUGCGAAUUUAAUGAAUUUGUUGCAUUUCAUAAUUUUAUUUUGAAAGAAUAGUCCAAAAUGGAACUAAAUCAAACGGUUUUCCUUAAAGCAGUUGCCAUAAAUUUAGCAGACUUUGUAUAUACAGGGUGUCGUGGUGAUUUAAAAAUAGCGUAAUUUAAUCACGCUCAAUGUAGCAUAAAAUUAUUUUACGAAUUAUAGGGGAAAUAAAUAACGAGUUUUAUCAAGCUACAUUAAAAUGUUUGGAUGCCUUUUAUAAAAUCUAGGCUACAUAAGUACAACGACUGCCUAAAAUCAAUGAAAAAAAAAAUCAACUGCCGUAUUUAAAAUAAGGGAUCAUGUGUUUUUGCGAAGUAAUCAUUAGUGACAUCACAUUAUUUUGUUUGACUCUGUAUAGACAGGUUGUAUCUGUAAUUAUUUAAAUAAUAGGGAAAAUUCGGAAAUAAAAAAAUAUAUAGAUAUAUCCAUUUCGUUAACAUGUUUAAAUAGUAGAGAGUCUUUAGGAAUCGAGUAACUUUUUAUUUCUCAAACUAGUAGGAGCUCUAUUAUUGAUUCACUCGUUCAAAAUCUUGCCGCAUACGACCAAGUCAUGCUCAACUUCUAAGUCGCAUAACGCCGCAUUUUAGUAAAUGGAAUCGUUCGUCUGCAGGGUGGCGAACAUGCAUCGAAAUAUUGAAUUUUGUUCUUCGUAUUGUAUAGAAAAUAUAUUUCGCCAAUUUUAUAUAAACAAAAAAGUCAAUGUAAACAAGUAAUUUAUUCAUUUCAUGUUUUGACGUAUAUUCUAUCACUCGUAUACAGCGUUCGCUAAACGACUCGUUGCAGUCGAGCGAAUUAGAAAUGGCGAAUUUGUUAUGUCGAACAAAAAUCAGUAGAAAAUGAGCGCUCGACGCGAAACGAAUGAUUCAAAAAUAGGGCUCCAGUUCUUUAAACAAUCAAUUUCGUAUAUCUUGCGAUCCAUAUUAGAUACAUUACAUACUAUUACAUGACAAUGAUUAUAUUGGUUAUGUUGUAGCUUAAAAUAUUUAGUAGCUAUCGUAGCAAAAAUAUUGAAACGAAUAGUAUAUAUUACGAGUAACUUAAUAUUUAUAAACAUAUACAGCUAUAAUCCAUAUUAAAUGCAUACAUAAGUUAAUUAAAGCAAUGAUAAUUAUGCUACAUCUCUAGAAAGACGGGCUACUAUUCUGUCAUAAAAUAUAUUUUCAUUUAAAUUAUUUUUUAAUUUCUUAUAAACAAAAAAUAUAUAGGUAUAUCUCAACACUAACGAAAGAAGCUAUCCAUUAAAAGUCUAUUAUGCUGUAAUUACAAAUCAUUUGAAAAAAUAGAUACC